CCGCGGGUCUUCACCUACAAGACGCAUGCGCCCGCAUAUACAACUGCUAGAGGGACUCGUUCACGUUGUUUCAUGCCUGCCGCUGUUGGCUGUCGUUGCCACUGUCGCGCAUCCUUUGCGACCAAGUCUCGACCGCGCUUUCCCCGCAAAAAGACACCAAACAUGAUAUAAUUCCGAAAGUCGAUCCCACGCCGUAGCCAUGGGUAACGAGCAGAGUCAGGAAUCCAGCGCUCAACCAAAGGAAGAAGACCCUGAACAGACAGAUCUCUCCGACAUUCCUGACGACCGAGACCCGGACCCAACAUCCUCCGACGAGAACGAAGAUGAGACAAUCAUGCCUGUAGGCGCAGGGGACGCGAUGCCUCCGAGAAGAAAGCCUCAAAAGCAGAAGAAGAAGAAAAAGAAGAAAAAAGGGCGCAGCUCCUUUUCCGGGGACGGCGAAGUGAGGAGAUCGAGCCAACAUGUUCCGAACGAAGAGGAGAUACGACAAUUGAGAGAAAGAGAGCCAGAGGCAUUUGAUGUCUACGCAUCCUCUCAAGUUGGUGACGAUGGCGACGGUGGCGGAGCAUUGGAAAGUGGUAUCGAUUCCCUGGACACGACUUCAGCAGAUGCAGAGGCCAAGGCAGAGGCUGAGGACGGCGCUGGUUGUGAACGCGACGAACUGGAUGAGCCUCUCCGCGACGACGAGGACGAGGACAAUCCGCCAUUGCCUGUGAUAGAUGCCAGGCGUGCUCCGUCUGUCGAGAGUCAAGAAGCUCCGCCUGGCCAGGACAACGUCGCUCUCGUCCCUGCGUCGCAAGCGGGCCCCGAGCCGCUGAAAAUGAAUGGGCGAUGGCUAUGUCCUUAUGCAGAAAGCCACAAUUGCGAGAGCACGUUUACUAAUAAAAAGUCGGCGAAACGUCAUGGUGCGAUUCAUGCUUCCGCUUUCACUUGCACGAUUUGCGGCAAAACCUUGAGCAGGAAGGACACUCUUCAAAGACACAUAGCGAGUCAUGGCAAGAACGAUGUUGUAUCCGCGGACGCGCAUCAACGAGCGAAUGGAAGCCCUCCUGCACAUGUCGCAGCCUCUUUACAGACAUCUGUGGCUGCAGAUUAUGUCGAAGAGCCACACGACGAAAAAUCGCCAGAAUACAAAACUCCCCGAGAGAGUUCCCAAGACUCACUUGGAUCGGAAAAUGGCAACGAUGUCGAGGAGGACAAUGCGCAGAUCAAUGACGAGCAUGAGGUAGAAUCUCAUCAUGACAUGAUCCGCGCAGUGGAACAAUCGCUGCAAGCUCAGCUUGAUGCACAAUCAAUUGCCACUCAAGAGGGUGAAGAGGUUGAAGUCGGUAGCGGCGAAGACUCCGUUGAACCAGAAGCAGACUCCAAGUCUGAAUCUUCUGUAGAGUCAAGUGUGUCGGAUAUGGUUGAAGAGGCGUCUUCAGACAAGACUCCUGUCCCUGAACCAGGUUUAAAGCGAAAGAGGGAUGCUGAAACACCUUCAGACUCUCCAAAUCGACCAACAAGAAAGAAAAUGAAACGGAGAAAUCAGGCACAAAACACUACGCCAACGUCUGCACAACAACCGCAUGAAACAAUGCCGUGCACUUGGGCUGCUGUGAAUUCCACGUCCCAACCAGCUCAGCAGAUCACAGACAGAAUUGUCCCCACGCUUCGGACACGACAGAGUACCAUCGACAGUUGGGCCCAGAGAUCAAACGCAGGUUCCGGAUCAAGACCAUCUGUUUCAGCCUCGGGAUCUCCAGCGCCAUCUACUGCCAGACGUGUUGAGGUCGUUAUUCCUUCUGGCAGCUCUAAGACAUACUCCAAGAGCAAGGCUUUCAAGAGUAAACAGCCCAAUGAAAAUCCUCAGCAGAAUGGACUUGAAUCUUUCGGACUCAAGAGGAUACGCGAUGCUACAUACACGAUGCCAAAGGGUAAGAAUCGUGCAGAGCCUGGUCUAAACUAUGUCUCUCCCCACAAGCAGCAAGCCGAGGCUGACGAGUCUGAUUCCGAACCGGCGAAUUUCGCCACCUCUUUUGCCAGAAGAACGUUGUCAGGUAGCCGACCAAUAAAACGCGCAAGGUCACAGGACGAAGACUCGACCUCAGAGUCUGAUGAAUCGCACGCCGGUGGUGCCUCUACUAACGAAUCGAAGAAGAUGUCGGCCAAGCAACCAAAACCGAGAGCCCACCGCACGAUAGAGUGUCAAAGAUGUCAUAAAGGCUUCAAGUCAGAAGCUUCACUGAAGCUCCACCUGAAAGCUCCUAAUAUCCAUUCACAUUUGUAUCACUGUGGAGACUGUACGGAACAGUUCUGGAGCAUGAGGCUUCUGUCAAAGCACGAAAAAGAGAGCGGUCACGACAGGGGUAAUGGCGUUGAAGGUCUGACAGGUCAUUUCAGCGAAGCCGAAGUGCAGAAACUUCAAGACUGGCGAGAUACUUUCUGCUCAGACCACGAUAUCAGCAUCGAACAAUUCAACGAUAUGAUGACAGAUACACUGAAGCGUCGAAAGGGAGACAGGUGGGACUGGCAUUUUAUUAGUAAGAGGGCCUUCUUGAAUGAAUACUAUGAGGUACUCCCGUAUCGCAACAGGCGGUCAAUGACGCGAUAUCGUGAGCGCAAUUUCCAGAAUCUGGAGGGAUCCAAGAACUGGACGGCAGAUGAUGACAGAGACUUGAUUCGGCUUCACAAAGAACUUGGUCCAAGAUGGAGUGAGAUUGCGCAACGCUUGAUGAGAACGACCGAUGCCGUGGCUCAACGAUGGCGUCACAAAUUACAGCACAAACACAACGAGUCAGGGAAGUGGACUACUGAAGAAGAAGAGAAGUUCACUAAAGCACUGGAUGAGGUGAGAAGAACGAAUGGCUUGGCAUCGCAGGCAGAGGAUUGGCGCGUACCCUGGAAUAAAGUCAGUGAGAAAGUCGAGACGAGGAGUGCGCUACAAUGUUCCAAUCACUACCGAGUACUUCACAGCACAAAGAGGCAAGGACGAUGGAUCAAGGUUGGCGGACUCGAGAAGACACCUGGAUCUAGCAGAAUACUUACCCCGUCGAAAAUGGCGCGUCGACUGAAAGGUCAACCGAGUGGUUCGGCCAGUCGUCCCAGAUUAUCUCGAGAGCUAGUCGUGGAAACAGAGGACGACGACGACGAGGACGAAGCGGAUUCGCGAAAUGAGAGAACUCCAUCGCCACCUAUUGAUGAAGAGGGAGAAGAGGAUGUGUCAGAUGCAGCAGAAGAUGACGAUCGGUCUUCAAUAGGGGCAUCGUCCCGUCAAAGUCACAAUCCAUUACAAGCGCAGACACCCAACGAAACACUUCGACCUACGCAACUGUUCGGACUCACACAGGCCAAUACAUCGGUCGUCAGACCGCUUUUUCCAGAAAGUAGAAGACACCUUCUAAGCCAGGAUGCACCAUCUCCGAACAUUCCUAUUCAGCGGCAGAAAUUAUCUGUUCGAUCGCCGCUGUCUGAGAUGACGGUUAAAGACGAUGAUGAUGACGAUUCUGAUGGCGAAGCCGAAGACGAUGAGUCCCAAUCUGACUCCGAUCUUUCUGGGAAGGAAGAGGACGAGGAAGAGGCCGACUCAGACGAGCAAUCUGAUCCACCUUAUGCCAGUGGAGAAAACGACGAUGAAGCAGAGGACGACGAGAGUGGAGUCUCGGAUGACGACCGAGAUGACGGGAACGACUUCAUGAAUAGUAUCGAGGAAUCUGCACAACGGGUACGAAGUAAUCAGAAACUCAAGCUUCAACCCACGAAGAGAAAUGGGUUUCAAAAUGGAGCGCCUUUGAAGAGGCGAAAUCGGUGGAGUAUGAGUUCAAGCGAGAGCGACAGCUGAAACGAACGAGUCUAGUAGAAUUGAGUAUAUCCUGGUAUGUGGGAACCAUGGAAAAAGGUAGCUUCGGAACACCUAUUCAUUACACCACCUGCCACCCUCUUUUAACCAACAUUCCUCUGAACGAAGCGUGCUUCCUUUUAUACAUCACUACCGUGGUGUGUAGGCUUGGCCUUGGCUCAUUCCUCUACGCUCAUGUGAUGGUGAUGGAAAUUUUGG